AUGCCGUCAUAUUCUCUCUUGUGGAAAUCAGUAUUGACCAUGAUGCAGCGAAUCUUUGCCCUCCUUGCGCUUUUGGCGACCGCCUCCGCCUUUGCCCCGGCAUCCACCUCGGCAGCCUUUGGCAUCGCCAAGAGCUCUACGACUCUUUCCAUGGCAAUGAAGGCCCCAGAGAUGAGCAAGGGAGUUAUGGCUGCCGUUGCUGGAGUCAUGCCGGCCAUUCUUUCCUCGACGGCUGCCGUUGCGACUGAGGGAACAAAUGAGUGGUUCGGUGUUGAUGAUCCGCGUCUUCUCGGAGUGUUGUUCCUUGGUCACUGGUUCAUCCUGACUCUGUGGUUGCAGCAAUACAAGAACUACGAUGAAGAAGAGGACUUUUUCGGCGAAAUUGAUUACACUGGCAGCAAGAAGUAGGACUUCCAUCCACACCAAUAUUCCUACGUAAGAACAUUUCUGGUUGCUAUGGUUUCUUACGUGCCUCUCCUGGGAGUGAAGCAUACGUUCUUUCGCGGUUAUUUCAAUGCCAUAGAGAAGUAAUGUCUAGCGGAAGCUGUUGUUUUCCCAA